AUGGUUGAAGGUUUAAAAGAUGAUAUAAAUUCAAGUUCCAACAAUUUACAUUCAAGACUCAAAUCCCAAAUUGAGAGGAUUACAAGGAUUUUUAGUCAAACAACUUCUUCUACACCUAAUUUGGCUACAUUUCUCAAUAACACACUCAUUAAGUCUAAUAUCUCAUUUUCGGACAUUGAGAAUAAGGUGGCUCCAAUUUUGUUUCAAACACUAGUGAUGACCCCACACUUGAGUCAAAUCUCAUACGUAGGAUUGGAAGGUCAACUCAUUUUCUCCUAUGGCAAGGACCAACUCAACAAUCAAACAUUUGCAUUGCACUCCAAUUCUUCUUCAUCAUCCAAGACUAAUAAUAAUAAUACUUGGUACAGACAAAGUGUGGAUCAUAACACUGGAAAGCUACUUGGAGAUGUAGUCAAAUUCAACCCAAAUAUCACCACUAAUGCAACUUGGUUUAGAGAAUUAGCCUUCAAGAGCAUGAAUGGCUCUUAUGCUUAUUUGGGUAGCAAAUGGGACAAUGGUCAUGAUCUCUUACUCCUUAAAUCAGCCACUAUUAAUAAUGUUAAUAAAGGGGUUAUCAUUUUGGGAUUUUUGGUGAAGGAAUUGGUUGAUGAGUACUAUGAUGAGGUUAAUCUUGUUGGUGGGAGUUUGUAUUUGACUACCAAAGAUGGUCAAAUGAUUGUUAAUGAUGAGAUUAAAGGGACUCAGUUGAAGUUUAAUGUUGUUGUGGAUGAUCAUGAUGACAAUAAUGGUAAUAGUAAUGUUUUGGUUUCUUUUGAAUUGGUUAAACCAAAUACUCAUAUUGGAAAUGUUACUUGUCAUCCUUAUAUUGGUAUUUCAUCAACAACAAGAGCUAAUGUUAUUAACAUUCAAGGAGCAAGUUACAACUUUUAUUGUUCUUCACUUGAUUUGAUUGGAGUUCAAUCUGUAAGUACAGUAUUAUUUGAUCAGGUUUAUGUAUUAGCACUCCCACAAAGUGGAUUAAUCAAGUUUAUUCAUAAACACAUUAAGGGACAACUCAUUCUCCUCAUAUCAAUAAUGGUUCUAACCAUAUUCCUCAUUUUCUACUUUGUUUUGAAAAACUUUAGAGAUGCCAUAGUAGAGAACUAUUUGAGAGCAACUCUUAUAAAACAAAUGGAGGCAACUAAACUAGCUCAAAAGAAGAAUGAAGAUCAAAAUCUAGCUUUUGCUAGAGCUAGCCAUGAUAUUCGAGCUCCGUUGGCUGGCAUUAGUGGUCUCAUAGAUUUUUCUUAUAAGGAAGUUGCUCCUGGUUCUGAUCUCGAAACAAAUUUAAGACACAUUGAUAAGUGUACUGAUGAUCUUAUAGGUAUAGUGAACACCAUUCUUGACACAAGCAAAAUUGAAGCUGGAAUGAUGCAGUUAGAAGAGGUUGAAUUUCAAAUGGCUCAACUUUUGGAAGAGGUAGUUGAUCUUUACCACUCUUCUGGAGCUAAAAGAAAAGUUGAUUUGAUUUUGGAUCCAUGUGAUGCUUCUGUGAUAAAGUUUUCACAUGUCAAAGGUGAUAGAAUAAAGCUUAAACAAAUUCUAGGCAAUUUGUUAAGCAAUGCUAUAAAAUGUACCCCGGAACAUGGACAUGUAGUUCUUAGAGCUUGGGCUAAAAAACCAAGUUCAACAAGCUCAAGUACCAUCAAUUCCUCCUCCUCGAAUCGACAAAGCCUAAUCCGAUUGUUGUCAUGCUUGUCUUACAAGAACAAAGCCGACGAGGAAGAAUUUGAUCAAGUCAUGGGCGAUCCACAUGUUAUGGAGUUUGUGUUUGAAGUGGAUGAUACAGGGAAAGGAAUUCCAAAGGAAAAACAAAAGGAUCUUUUCGAAAACUAUGUUCAAGACAAAGAAACUUAUGUACUUAAAGAAGGCACUGGUUUAGGACUUGGCAUUGUCAAGUCAUUGGUGCAGUUGAUGCAUGGAAAAAUCAGUAUUGUUGACAAGGACAUUGGCGAAAAGGGAGCUUGUUUCAGGUUCAAUAUUCUUCUAUCUGUUUGUGAAGAUGUGUUUGACAGUAAUAAGGAUGAAUUGGAUAGUAAUGAGUUGUUAUCUAUUGACAUUCGAACUCCGAAUUGUAGUCCUACUUUGAGUGUUCUUACUCAUCAAACUCCCAAGGCAGAUAGAUCUUAUGUUAUACUAAUGAUUCAUAACCAUGAAAGAAGAAGAGUUUCACAUAAGUUUAUGAAGAGACUUGGGAUAAAAGUUUUUGUAGUGGAAGAGUGGGAUCAACUUCUUAGUACUCUUGAGAAAGUAAAGUGCAUCAAGUAUGGGAACAACAUCAAUUCUGAUUCAAGCAAUAACUCAUCAUCAACAAGCCAGAGUCCUUAUCUUGGUGUUGAAGCAACAAAUAAGGAUGGAACAAACUACAUACGCUCUCUCUUCAAAAAGACUAGUACUAAUCCUCGUCUUCUUCAGCGCAAAACAGGCGGGUUGGUAGUGUUGGUUAUGGAUGUUACUACUGCUGGACCGAUUUCUCAACUGUCUAAGAUGGUUAGUAAGUUCAAAAACAGCGUUCGGGACACUUGUUGCUGCAGAGUUGUUUGGCUGGUAAAUUCGGUGUCCAGUUACAAAUCUUUCUUUGAACAAGAUGAUAUUAUCAUGCACAAGCCUUUUCAUGGGACUCGGUUGUAUCAGGUGGUAAAACUUCUUCCCGAGUUUGGAGGUUCUUUGUCGUCGCCAAAAGCUAGUAGUAGUAGCAAUGCUAGUACACCAAGUACUACUCAUCAACAAGUCAGAAAAGUUUCAACUAAGGUUUCUUCUAGCAGCAAUGUUGAAUUUGGUAGUACAAGUAAAGGGUUGUCAUCUUUUUUUAGAUACAAGACUCAAUUCCAAGGUGAAAUACCAGAAGAAAAAAGAAAAUUGACCAAGACUGGUAGCAGUAGCAGUAGUAGUAGUACUCCUAGUAAGAAUCAACUGCUACCAUUGAGUGAGAAGAGAAUUUUGGUUGUUGAUGACGAUUUCGUUGCUCGAGCAUUGGUGAGUCGGUUGAUCAUAAUGCAUGGUGGAACUACUAGUCUGUGUUCAGAUGGAAAAGAAGCUUUUCAACUUAUUUCCAAUGAACUGGCCAAUCCACUGAAACAUGGAGAUUCUAUGAUGACUUUGCCUUAUGAUUAUAUCCUAAUGGAUUGUGAGAUGCCUAUAAUGGAUGGAUUUGAAGCAACUAGGGAGAUAAGAAAAGUGGAGAAAUCUUAUGGUGUUCAUAUACCAAUUAUAGGACUAACUGCUCAUGAUCCAAAUUCUAAGGAAGCUAAGAAGACAAAACAAGUUGGAAUGGAUUAUUGUCUAAGUAAACCCUUGAAGCAUCAUGAUCUGUUAAAAGCCUUGGAUUCCCUAUGAACCAUUAACAACAGUUUUGCUUAUUUUCUCUAGCUUUCUUAGCCAUUCAAGAACAAGGGAGGAGAAGUUUUGGUACAAUUACAAACUCCCAUUUUAGCA